UCGAUCUUCCCUUUUCUCUAUCCUGUGUAGAGAACCCUGUAUUCAUUCAGGCAAGCAUGGGAAGAACUCCUUGCUGUGACAAGACCAAGGUGAAAAGGGGACCAUGGUCUCCGGAAGAAGAUCAAAUUCUCAAGAAACACCUCCUUGACUAUGGCACUGGUGGCAAUUGGAUCACCUUGCCUCAGAAAGCUGGCCUCAAGCGUUGUGGCAAAAGUUGCCGCUUGAGAUGGCUUAAUUACCUAAGACCAGACAUAAAACAUGGUCCUUUCACUCCUGAGGAAGACGACUUAAUUUGCACUCUCUACAGUAAAAUGGGAAGCAGAUGGUCUAUCAUAGCUUCUCAACUUCCUGGAAGAACAGAUAAUGAUGUUAAAAAUCACUGGAAUUCCAAGUUGAAGAAGAAGCAAUUGGCAGCAUCAAUCAGGAAGCCUGCAAGCAAUACUGCUAACAAUAAUUCUAGCAGGCCUGAUUCUUUUACCUCAACAACUAGUACAACCACCCCAUAUUCUUUGGAGACUCAAGCUGGAGCAUUUCAUCCCAAAUUUUCUGCCCAUCUAUCAAAUUUGAGUACUGAAGAUUAUACUGACAUUAGUGUCGGUACUGAAGGGUCAAAAGUCUGCUCAUCAAGCUCAAAGACCAUAGAGUACAUGAGUUCAUCAUCACAAGCCCAAGAAGAUUCAAUCAUUUCUGAAUCAACAUCCUUUGGCACAGUUACAAAUACAAUCAACAACAGCAUGCCAUGGUUGGAUGAUUAUGGAGCAAUUGAUCGGGGACUUCCAAUGGAGAUGACCGGCACUGCAGCAUACUCCUAUGAGAUUCUGAGUGGAAUUUGGGCUCAAGAAACAGUUCUUGAAGCCCUUCAUGAUCCUUAUUUCUAGUGCCAACUUAUUAUUAAUUAGCUCUCAUUUUAUGAUGUUGCUGAUAUAUUAGCAGCACUAAAUUUAGUUUAAGUGUACAGUACUACUACUGCAGGUAGUAGUCUGUCAGUCAAACUAGCACUAAUCUAAACUGAAAUUCAAAGGGAUACCCUUUGAUAUUUUUAGCAAUAUAGGGUGUGCUCCAAUUUGUCGGUGUAGUUAAAUCAAUUAUUUUGGUUUUAGUUGAA